GGGUAGACCUGACAUAAGGGUAUAGCUGACAAAAGGGUACACUUGACACAACGACAUAAGUACCAUUAAAAAUUCUAAAAAAUUCAGAAAACGGCAAGGAACGAAUCCAACAACGCAGAACCAUGCCAACAUAUACUAUGAAAGCUGACAAAACCUUUAGUUUAGAAAAAAAUAAUAAUGAAAGUUUAAAUUCCCCUAAAAACUCAACACAGCAACAUCAACUACCUUCCCAAUUAGCUCAAAAUUAUUGCUUAAAUCGAAGCACUUUGGCUGCUUUAGUUGGAACUAUAGGUCUUUUAAGCUCAAUUUUGCUGGCUAUUAGUUGUUGCUUACUGUGGGAUUUUCUGUCCAGCCGGUAA